AUGGAAGGUGUGGUUGCAAUUGGGCAACAACCUGCACACAUCACCAACCUUGAAACUCUCCAAGCAAACAGCACAAUCCACGAGGCUGCUCCCGCUUCUCUCUGCUGCUGCCUCCUCGUACACAAAGCAAGGAAGGUUUUUAAGAAUGUUGUCUCCGUCGGACAUUCUCUUCCUGUUGUGCCCCUGUUGAGUACCUUCUUGAUUGUUGUCCCCUCUGAAGGCCCUCCCCACGAUGCAGACAUGGAUAAUCACCAAAAUCGCUAUCCCCACAAACAAUAUGAUCAAAGAAAUCACAAUCUCCAUCUCAACGAUCUUGCUUUGUUUACAUUCACUGGUACCCAACCUUCUUUCCCUUCAAUCUUGGAAGGGUCAGAUUCUGAUAAAAUUUGUAUGCUCCUCGGAUACAACAAAUUAAAACUUGGGUCAAACAACCACCGCUUGUUGCAACGAUGA